CUCAGUCGAUAAUAGUCGCAUGUGUUAUGUUGUGAACAUUGGUGGAGGCUACUUCUUCUUUGCAAAAAUCUUUUAAGAAAACUAUCGGUUUUUAUAAAAGAAAAAUAUAUUUAUGUGAAGAACAAUAAGAAAACGAUGGUUUCGGUAAUGCAGCCAUUUAUGGAUGUUGAAAGCUCAAGAAGUUACAUCGAUGAACUUUACUCCGUUGAUCCACAAAAGUGUCUUGAUGCUCUUGUGUGUCUAAAAAAUUCUGUGAUUGGAAGUAAUAGACAGAAGGGUUCUGUCAUUGCUCAAGGAGUUGUUCCACGAUUAUUGCAAUUAUUGGGCGAUAUUUCGGGAUCAAUAACAGAUCGUAUUCGUUUAGAAGCUGCGGUAACAUUGGGCUCACUUGCAAAAGGAACUGAUCAACAUGUUGUUGCUCUUAUAGAUCUUGGUGUUGUUCCAUUAAUUUUACAAGUAUUAAUGACAACAUCACUUGUCGAUCCAAUAACUGAUGGAAAAACAAGAAUCAAUGAUUUAUUAAUAGAAGCAUGUUUAAGAUGUUUACGAACUGUUUUUCAACAUUCAUCAGCGCCUGUUCAUACUAUUUAUCAAAAUCCUUCCCUUGUACCACGUUUACUUUCACUUGCGAGUCGUUCUGUUACAUCGCAAAUUUGCAUCGCUACUAUUUUAACCACAGCUUGCAAGGUAAUUAAAACGGCAGAAGAACAGAAUGCUUUAUCGAAAGGUGGUGCUGUUGAAACAUUGGCUGUACAAUUGGAUUCAUCAUUACCAGAAGUACAAUUACCGGCAUUGGCGUGUUUAGCGAAUAUGUGCUAUCAAAAUCAUACAGUCUCGGCAAUGGUAGCGGCUGCUUCGACAAAUAAUACACCACAGGGACGUUUAGUUCCAGCGGUAUUAGGACAAUUAAUGGGUAGGGAGAAAAGUUCAUUGGUUCAACUUGAGGCUGCUCGUUGUGUUGCCUAUAUGCAUCGAGCUGGUGCAUUAUCGGCAACUGAUCCACGUGUUGUUUAUCGAACAUUACCGUGUCUUGUGAGAUUGUGUCAUCGUGAUCGACCUCCACGUGAAAGAGUAGCGGCGGCUGAAACACUCGCCUAUCUCACUGAAGUUGAUACCGAUUUGCAACGUCUUGCUUCCAUUAGUAAUCAUCUUAUUCCAACUUUGGCGGAAUUUUUAAGGCCACAUCCUCAGGUGCAAGAUACGUCCUUGUCUCAAGAUAUGCGACAAGCGGCAUUUAGGGCUUUUGCAUCAUUGGGAGCGAACGAUGAAGAUAUUCGUAAACGUAUUAUUGAAACACAGAGUUUAAUGGAGCAUGUUGUGUCUGGACUUCAAGAUCCUGGUGGUCCUAGAGUUCGUUUAGCCGCCGUGAGAUGUUUACAUUCAUUAUCAAGAAGUGUUCAACAAUUGCGAACAACAUUUCAAGAUCACGCUGUUUGGAAACCAUUGAUGCAAUUGUUACACGGAGCUGAUAAAGGAUUAGAAGGAAGAGGAGAAGGCGAAGAAGAUUUAUUAACAGUUGCGUCGAGUACUUUAUGUAAUCUUCUAUUAGAAUUUAGUCCAAGUAAGGAACCAAUUUUAGAAUCGGGAGGUGUUGAACUUCUUUGCUCGUUGACAAAACGUCCUGAUCCGGCGUUACGUCUCAAUGGAAUUUGGGCUUUGAUGAAUGUUGCUUUUCAAGCAGAGCAGCGAGUAAAAUCACAAAUUCUCUCGUGUUUGGGUACCGAUCAGAUAUUUCGUCUUCUCGCUGAUCCGGAACUUGCGGUUCUCAUGAAGACACUUGGACUUUUGAGAAAUUUACUCUCAACGAAGGCGCACAUUGAUCGUAUAAUGGGAGAGCAUGCAACACACGUUAUGCAAGCGGUGAUUUUGGUUCUUGAAGAUCCCGAGCAUCCUGCUGAUGUUAAGGAACAGGCGCUUUGUAUUUUGGCCAAUGUUGCCGAUGGUGAUCGCGCGAGAGAUCAUAUUAUGGCCAAUGAGGAUGUACUCAAGAAACUCAUGGACUAUAUGAUGCAUAGCAAUGUAAAAUUGCAAGUCGCUGCGAUAUUUUGUGUAUGUAAUUUAGUUUGGAAGGAGGAACCCGGUGCUGCACAAAGGCAAGCACGUUUACGAGAAUUAGGACUUUAUCGAAUUUUGCAACAAUUGCGUCAUACAAAGGAUUCACAGCUUUUCGAUAAAGUGAAAACUGCCCUAGCACAGUUCUUUGAUCCGUGAACAAGAAGCGCUUGCCAAACUGCAUUAGGUUUUUUACAAUUUAACACUGUGAUCCCGUGAAUCCGUAUUUCCUUAAAAACGAGAACCCCCAGAUUUAAAAAAAAAAAAAAUGUAGAAAUUUUAAAUUGCAUGAGAUGCACAGCAUAAUUCUAAAUUAUUUCAUUUUUAGAGACUCGUGCAAUAUAAUUCCAAUGUUGACGACUUGCUUCUUGCUAGAUAACAUAACAAAAAACAAUUUAUAUAAUUUCUUCCGCUUUCUGAAAAAUAAGAGACAUAAAAACAGAACAAAAAAACUAUGUAUUGCACCGAAUCUUUUAUUUUUUUUAAUUUUUAUCAUUCAUUUUACAUUCAUGACACACGAAGCAUAGUUUUUAUUGUUGAAAUAUAAAUUUUUUGAAUUGUUAAGUUUAUUUUUUUCCAGUUUCUGCGAAACAUUUAUACUCAUUUGCAAUGUACAAAGUAAUUUCGUCGAUAUAUAUAUAUAUAUAUAUAUAUAUAUUUAAAAUGCAAGAGCAAGAAAAAUUAGAAGAAGAAAGAAUAUGUUGUAAUUCUUUUUAUCAGUUUUACAGCUACGAAUUCUUUGGUAUAAAGUAUUUAUUAAUAUUUAUCUUUGGUAUAAAUUCUCUUUUUAUAUAGUUGACGAAAUUGAUUGAAAGUUUACCUUAAUUCUCUUUGUAAGUACUUCAAGAAUUAUUAUUAUUAUAUGAAAAUGGAAUGUUUCUGGCAAUACCAAAUAAAUAUAGGAAUGAAAUAUUUGA